AUGGAGAGGAGGAAGGCGCGAGGACGCUUCGAUUGGGCGACGACGGCGGCGCGUCGACGAAGCGGAGUCGGAGCGCGAAGCGGAAGAGAUUUACAAGUGGUGAGCGAUAGUACGGAUGAGGAAAACUGUGAGGCGGGACGGGCGGAGGAAAGACGGCGGAAGAAGACGACGUACGCGCCCGAGCCUUUGCCGGAUUACGACGCGAAACCGAAACCAAAGCGCGCGGGGGAUUACGUGCACAUCAGCACGCCGUAUGUGCCCGAUCCGGAGAGCGAUGCGGCCAGAAUUUUGGCAAAGAGAGAUCAGUUUCGGCGAGAUGUUCGCGAAUCCGGCGCCGGGGCGUGGGAACUCAACGUCUUCCGGAGCGAGUUGCCGGACGACGAAGUGCGGGAGUUCCCGACUGCGACGACGCUCAAGAGAUCGGAUUUUAUCGCGUACAAAUUACGCCAUCCCACGCCCGGCGUGAGCGGUGAGUAUUAUCAGGGACGUGUGAUGCACUUCGAUCCCGUCACGAGAGAAGUCCGCGUCAAGCCCAUGCCCGAGGAUCGCGUCACGGCGGCGGGGCAUUUAUUCUUCAAACUUCGUCAGCGCGCGCCCGAGCCGUUCAAUAAGCUCGGUGAACUGAUCGGAAACUUUGACGAAGUGAUGCACGACGUCAGACUCAUAGGUGGUCGGAGCGUUUGGGAAGGCGACGUGCCGUCGAAGACUUGGACGCCCGGACGAGUGUAUCAAAAGCCGCCGGGUUGGCAGCCCGGGCAGCGGGAGACGAACGAAGAGUACGAGGAAUGGCUUGAAGAGCACAUUAAGAUACACGAGUACCAGAUGGCGAACGCGCGUAAAUGGGACGAGAAAAUCGUGCGCGGCGAUCGAAACUGGCGCGACGGCGACGGCGCGAGUCGACGACGACCGCAUCGGCACGAGCGCGCGCGCCAGCAACGAGAACGAGAAGAAGAGCGAGAACGCGAAGAAGCGCACCGUUGGCCGACUUCCGCGGAGGAACUGCAGGCAAAGUUGAUGGCGGAGUGGAAGGCGGAAGAAGCGGCGAACACGCUCGCUUCGCCAGCCGCUGCGCCCAAGCCUGGCGGUCUUCCGCCUCGCAUUCCCGGCGUCGAACAGCCGCCGCCGCCGCCGGGAUCGCCCCCGAAACCGACGACGGCGCGGAAGAAGUCGCCGGAGACGCGCCGCGCGCGCCGCGCGUCCACCGCCGCCGCGGUGGCCAUGUUUCGCGACUCUGGAGACAUUUGA